AAAUUGACAGUCCUUAGGUGACAGAUUGAGUUUAAUUAUCACUCCGAGAAAUCAGCUGACUUUAAUCGGCAAUAGUGUAUGAAAAGAUUAUACAUCAAAAGCAAAAUAUUCAGGAAAUUAAUUCUCUUAAGUCUUUGAAAGAAAUAGUUGUCUAAACAAUAAACGAUCAUUCGGAUUGGUAAUCGUAAACAGUUAUUAUUUAGCUAGUGGGACACAGUCAAAGUAGUCGUACAACAGAAUGGUAUCAUAUUUUGUACCGCGUGGGCGCUUCCUUAUUAAAGCAGGCAGUUUGAGACAAGCAGCUCAUUUGAAGCAAGUUCAACAACAACAGGAACAAGGAAAAUGGCCCAUGUUGCGUCAUUUUCGUCAAACUUUUUCAACAAAGUUAGCUAAAGAUAAAAUACCUAACGAUUCGAAACAAGCGAAUAUAAAACCAAUUGUUCGUUGCAACAGCACCUUGGGAAAGGCCGGCCAUAAAACAGAAAAGAAAUUCAAUAAACAAGAUCUUGUGAACCGUAGUGUUUGGACAAAAUGGACCGGCUUUCUUUUACGGUGGACACCUGUUGGCAUCUGUCUUUUUGGGGUUAUAGAGUGGCAGCUACACAAACAAAAACGUGAAAAGGAAAACUUGCCUCGUACUGCAUCGUCUUUCCAAUCAAAAGUAUACUGCUCCUUACCACUCCGAAUAAUUAGUCGGUGCUGGGGCUGGUUAGCUGCGUGCUACGUACCUGUUUAUUUGCGGCCAUAUAUUUACGGUUGGUACUCAAAUAUGUUCGGUGUUAAUUUGGAUGAAGCGUUAUAUCCUGAUUACAAAUACUAUAAAAGCCUUGCGGAAUUCUUUACUCGACCACUAAAAGAAGGUGUGCGUCCAAUUGAUCCCAAUGCUGCCAUUAUAUCUCCUGCAGAUGGACGAGUUUUGCACUUUGGAACUGCGCAGAACAAGUUAAUAGAGGAAGUGAAAGGUAUCAAGUAUAGUGUAUCGUCAUUCUUAGGACCAGUAACAUGGCACAAACGGUUAACUGGUGAAUUUACGGAAGAAUUGAAAGAGAAUAAGGAUGGCACAACUGAACUUUUUCAAUGCGUAAUUUACUUGGCACCUGGUGAUUAUCAUCGUUUCCAUUCGCCUGCUGAUUGGCAACCAAAGUUAAGACGUCAUUUUGUCGGCGAACUGUUAUCAGUUAAUCCACGCGUAGUUACUUGGCUUCCCGAUCUGUUUUGUCUGAAUGAAAGAGCUGUAUAUUUGGGCAAUUGGAAACACGGUUUCUUUAGUUAUGCAGCAGUGGGUGCAACAAAUGUUGGUUCGGUACAAAUAUAUAUGGAUGAGAAUUUAAAAACUAAUCGUUGGAUGGGUUUAAAAUUUGGAGAACAUAGAGAUCGUCAUAUUUACGAUGAAAUUGAAUUAACGGAUAAUAAAAAGUUCGGGCGAGGUGAAUUGCUGGGACAAUUCAAUAUGGGUAGCACAAUCGUGUUACUGUUUGAAGCACCUAAGAACUUUAAAUUUAAUAUAAACAUCGGUCAAAAAGUACAAGUCGGCGAAUCUCUAGGUAUCUUAGAGUAAGUCAAUAAAGCAGCCACAAUCAGUGGACUUUGGCUGAUGAACUUCUUGAAAAGAAGUAAAAAUGUGCACACGAUCUUUAUAUAAUCGUGAUGACAAUGGAAAUGUUUGAGAUGAUGAUAUACGUGCCAGUAACUGAAUGUGAUUCGCAUACACGCGUUAAAGCGUUGUCAGAGUUAAUAUUUGUUUGUAUAGUGUGUUUUUUGUCAUAUUCGUUCGCUACUAAAGGAACCUGCUAAGUUAAGCUUGAAGCUUAAUAUUCGUUGUAAACAUUAAAAAUUUUAUAAGCAAGUUAAGUAUAUUUCUAGUACAAAACUUGUAAGCGGUUUCUUAUUUCUCUAUCGAACAGAAAUAUAUAUGAUAAAAGUUUAAAA